AUGCCUUCUGCUCUCGAGAUUACUGCUGGUGCCUGGCUGCUGACCUCUCUCGGCCACACUGUCAACGGCCGAGACUGGCAAUCGCACUCCUCCAUCAAGGCUCUUCCCGCCGAGCAAAAGACCUGUGCCCGCUCUGGCUGGUACCAGGGCAGCGGCUUUCUGUUCAUCGCCUCUCUCCUCAACUACUACUGGUCCAAGAACCCUCAGGUGCUUCAGGAUCCGAUCCAAAAGGCGAUUGCUGGUCUCUUCAGCGCCAUCCUCGGCGUCAGCUCCGUCUUUUACGCUGCCAACGGCGUGGCCGCCAACUCUGUGGUGACGGGCCUCGUGUCGGCGCUCCAGGCCUAUGCCGCUUUCAAGGCCAACUAG